UCCAGAGUCACCCAGAACGAUGAGUCUCUCACCGCUUACAUAACAGUGGUUCUCGACUCGCCGUGCCAGUCCAAUCGCAAGGAACCCCGAAACAACAGCCCAACACCAUUACGGCGCUGAUGCGCUGUCUUUCUGCGUUUCAUUCUUGUAUCUGCAUUUGCGCCACCAAUUGAGUCGCCUUGUCUUCUGCCCGACGGGUCCAGUUGUUGCGGUGGGAAGAAGUGACCGUACUUUCAUUCCUCCCCGUGCAAGUGUACCUGAUCAAAACAGCCUAUACAAGUCCAUCCGGCGGGGAUUGUAUAUAUAAUAUAGUAUAUGUACAUGCAGACAGGCCUGGUUUGAAAUUAUAUUCCCGACGGGAACAAUCAUUGACUCACGUACAUACUACAUUCUUUCCCACAUAUUCAACUUUCCCCCCCCCCAGCCUACUGCUUCGUACAAUCAUCUCACAGCAUCAAACGUCCCCAUAGGGCAAGGAAGCGAAAAAUGGCCGUCGUCUACCGUCGCAGACGCUACCACUGGCCCGAACUCCAACUCAACAUCUGGAUUCUCAUCGUCUUAUCGGCUUCGGCCAUCUGUAUGGGCAUCUUUGCUUGGCUCAUGUCUGUACAAUCUGAGAUGCGUCUCGGUACACCAUGGCUAUUCCCAUUCAUGGUCGUCUCUGGCGCCCUCGGCAUCUUCUUCAUCAUUCUCAUUCUCAUCCUCGCCGCCCAGCGCUUCCUGCUCCCUGGCAUUAUCAUCCUGGGCAGUUUCAUCCUCUUCGUCCUCUGGUUGACGGGGUUGAUUGAGACCUCGUUGCAGUUGUACGGCGUGGUCGGGAACGUCGAUGAUAAUUGUCAGAUCUAUGUCGUUGAUAAUCGGGCUGGCGGGAAUAAUAUGCAGACCUUGGCUUGGUUGACGCAGAAGACUAUUUGUGACUGCUGGAAGACGGCUUUUGCCUUUGAACUGGUGAAUACUAUCUUCUUUCUUUGGAUGAUGAUCUUGUCGUGGCAGGUUAAUCGCGAUGUAUAUGAUUAAUUUCUUGGUCUUUCU